AUGGUUCCUUCAACGGUGCUCAACGAUACCUUCUUAACGACAACCAGUCUUUGCCAGUCGUCCGAGCAACUCAAAGUCCACCAAGUCGACAUGACCCCAGCGCAGUGUGCCUCGAGAAGGGGAGGACCAGUUUCUGCCGACAAGUUCAAGGGAGUGCCACUCAGCAAUCUGGUGCAGAAUCCAGGAUGGACCUUACUGAACAACACUAUUGAGGGUGCCGUCGAGGUGAGCAUGCAGCUGUCAAGACAGGCCAUCACAACAACUGUCGGAUUGAUCACCAAAGGCCAAAACUCGGCAGCAUCUCAUCUAGGGCUUGCAACAGACUCAUCCAUCUUGAAGGUACUAAAGGGUCAAGGUUUGAUCGUCGCAAGAUCGUUUGGAUUGAACGUUGGAUCGCAAAGUGUUCAGUCGCCGCGAGGUGGAAGUCUUGUGCUCGGAGGCUACGACCAAGGAAGUGUUGCCAAUCCAUUCCUUCACGAAUUUCCGAUUCCGCAAAACGACAGACUCCAGGAUCGGCAUUGCCCCCUGCAGGUCGAACUAACUGGACUGACGCUUGAGAUAAAGAUGGCAAAUGCGAGUGAAACAGAAAGCAGGGACAUCUUCAGCAAAUCAACCGGAAUAACAGUCUGUGUUGAGCCAUACGACAAUUUGUUCCGCUUGCCCUCAGAAACCCUCUCCGCUUUGCUCGGCUAUGUGAACCAAACCACUGAACAACGCACCCACUUGGUACCAGUUACUGAGUAUGCAGACGAGUUGGUGAAUCUCGAGCCUGGUUUGGUCUAUCGGAGAUCAUCUGGAGAGUUCAACGCGGCGCUACGGUUCACCAUCAAUGACAAGAUGACAGUGGAGGUGCCAUUUCACGAGCUUCAGAGACCAUUGAGGGGCCUUGAUAGCAACGGGGCUGCCGUUUUGAACACAUCCUAUAACGAACUGCAAAUCUUUGGUGAUCCAGCUCCUGGAAAUGCGCCAGUCCUGGGGAAAGCUUUUCUUUCACAGGUGGGUCUCAUCGUCCUUUUUUUAUGA